UCUCUCCUCCUCCUCCUCUCUCACCCUAUCUCUCUCUCUCUCUCCUCAGUAGAAUAUUUAACCCGAUGCCAAAACUGUCUGUUGCUGUGAAAAUGACAAAGACACUACAGUUGUCUUCACCUCAGACGCUCCACACAGGUUUGAAGCGCACGGUGAAGCCCCUCGGCCCACUGAUGCCCUGAUUAGGGCUCCUUCGACCCGUUCAAUUCCCUUUUUCUAUAUUCCCUUCUUUUUUUUUGUCGUCAGUCACUUUUCCCUCAGUUUUCACCAGGAGUGAGUCUUAACAGCCAAAGCGCGUAACGUCAACUGCUCCACAGCGAGACCCCACCCUCACCAAACCUAACCAAUGGAUGACAUGUGCUGUUGGGUGGUGGAAAGGGAAGAAAAUCAAAGAUAUCCGUUGGAAACUGGAUCGCUGUGGGCUGUUGAAUAUAUGGAGAUUAUCCACACCAGUGUUUAUGAGUCAAACAAUCAGUGUUGGGCAGGAGAUACGUGGACACCCACCAGUGGAAUUAGUAUUCAUGAAUAUAAACGGCCAGAGUCAGCUGUUACUGGGGUGAGGAGGGUGAGGAGUGGGAGAAAGAAGUAACAGUGAGCUCCGAAACAACGGAUAGAUAAAUAACUGAGAGAAGGAUCUGUUUGUUGUUUGUAUUGGUGUUCAAUACUGUAGAGCGUUUGAAUGAAGAACCAGUCGAUUCUGAUGCUGAUGAAAUUAUGCUCAAUUUUAGACAUACAGUGUUUAUUAAAUGGACUAGUUAGUUAUAAUUUGAGCUUUUCACCUCAAGAAUAACGUUUUGACAAAACUUGAUACUGAAAGUAAAAUGUUACGGUAGAAAACAAAAGAUUUUAAAAUAUAUAUGAAAGAGAUUUUUUUAAGAGGGGCUUCUAAAGAACCGUGGAUAUCAGCCAGGACCCCAGUGGUGGUGAGAGUAGAACAGAACUGUGAGGUUACAGAGCCAGGAAUUGGUACUUCUGCUAAAGAAAGAUCUCUAAGCUGAGGUGAACAUGGAUUAGCUGAGGAGAAGACACAUACUGGAACCAUAUAGAGAAAAUAACAAAUAUGUGAUAAAUAUAUGACAAUAUAAAAAUUAUAAACACAGUUAAAAUAUAAACAUAAGGUAGACACACAGAACACAGAACAACAUUGUAAGAAACAGGGCUCAGUGAUUUGUAAACCUCUGUUUAAAAGACCAAAGAAAAAUGAGCGAUUCUUACUGAAGUGACCAGAUUGAAGAGCAUUAAAAAUAAUCAGAACAAAUGGCCAAGUUGAGCUGUUUGGAGACAAGGACAGUGAGCCAAGGUUGAGAGGGUUUGGACGCUUGCUAUGGAUCGGGAGUGUGUUGUGUUCUGGACAAAUGAUGAUAGAGAGCGAGCGACCAGACUCCAAAGAAGACAGAUAAUGGAGAAGAUGAAGACAUCAAAACAGUUGUAGUGACAGUAGAAGAGGCGUGGGGAACUGAGCUGGAGCUGAAGAUUUAUUUUGGUGAACCUCAGAAGGACAGUAAUCUGCAUUUGCAAGUGACAAAUACAUAAUACAUGAGCAUGUUACCAAAUGUCACCUACAGUCACACAAAUACUUUCACAGACUUUAAUCAGACUGCUGACAAAUUAGUUGAUUAAACCUGCUGUGAAAAACAGGAUGAAUCAAUGUCAGUACUAAUAAAACUCUCUGUGGCAGAUGGAAGACUUUUAAACCAGCCUAAAAAUUAAAAAUAAAAAGCAUCUUCUGGCAACACAGCUUACAGGCUUUUGGUGUCAACAGAUGUGUGGUUUCAACACAAACUUCAGGAUGAAUCUCCAAUUUAUUAUUCCUGUUGUACACAUUGGUUAAAUAAAUAACAGAUGACGUGUGAUCAAAACAACCUUGCUUGAACAGUUCACUGUACAAGAAAAUUCCCUCAAAAUGCAUUACAUUACUGUUUCUUAAUCUUGUAUUCUCUGAGCACAUAUUCUGAACAUAUUUAUCUUUAUUAUAUUUUUUUAUAUAUAUUUAUACAUCUUAUUCCCGUGUGUUAGUAUAAUUUGUUUACUAUUUUUCUUUAUUUCUUGCCUCAUCCAUCCUUAUUUGUCCUUCUCCAUUUUGCUUUUUCUAUAAUUAUCUCCCAAACAAAUAAAUACACAAGAGUUCCUUUCGCGUGCAAACAAUAACAUUGUUUUGUAAACUUUAAAGAAAGUGCCCAAACCGCACCAAGUUAAACAUCCGUCUCCUCCUGGCGGCGCCAGCUCGCUGCUGCAGUAAAGGGAAUUGUGGUAGGAAAAGGGGACUGCAUUUGCUCUUAGAGCAAAAAUGAGAAGGAGUAGUCUCUGACGUGAUCAUUCAGCGCCACCGUGUCGUAGAGCGCAUGCGUGUUUUAACUUACAACGGCCGUAUAAGCAGUGACUGCACAUGCGUUUCAGAAAGCGUGAGAGCCUUGUCCGCUCCUUGUGUUUUUCUGGAAAACAGCUAAACAAAAGGCCUGCCCCCUUUUUCAUGGGCCCGACUCCAUUGCCAUCGUUACUUUACGAGUAAUCACGAUUACUUACAUCGGAUUACUUUUGUUUAUUAACAUUUCUAAGCAUCGCUGACAGUCGAGGCAGUGUCCGAAAUGGAUGGUGACCACCAGGAGCAGAGCGGCGAGACCAAGUCGGCCAUACAUUCUUGGCGUUAUCGCCACCAUUUCACGUACAAGGCAGAUCAGGGGAAAAAUAUCAUCGUCCAAUGUAAUCUGUGUCUACCCAGGGUCAACCUGCUGUCCACGUCGAAAACCUCAACAUCAAAUCUAAAGAAGCAUUUAGACAGAUCACACUUGGGCUGUGAAGCCAGUCCUGAUGUCAAGAGAGGGAGGAAAAAGGAGGAACACAACGGAGAGGAGAGCAGGCACUGGCAGCUGAAGAAGCUCAAAGCAGAAAUCAUCUCCAAAUGCACGACUCAGGCAAAGAUGGACGAUCUAAUCUUCAACUUCAUGGUGGAGGACUGUCAGUCAUUCCACGUCCUGGAGCAGCCUGGCUUUAAGAAGCUGAUUGGAGGCCUAACUGAAGGGCUGAAGUGCAUGGACAAAGGAACGCUGUUUACCAGAGUCGACCAGAGGUUCUCAACGAUGCGGGACAAUCUCAUGGAAAAACUCAGUAAAGUCCAGUACGUGUGCACCACAGCUGACAUCUGGACGGCCAACAACAGGAGCUACUUUGGAAUGACUUGUCACUGGAUCGAUGAGGAUUUUUUAGAGAGAAAGUCUGCAGCUCUGGCGUUCCCACGGCUGCAGAGCAGGAUCACGUAUGACAUCGCAGCUGUACGAAUACAUGACAUACACGUGGCCUUCAACAUUGAGAGCAAAGUUCAGACCACUUUCACCGACAACGGCAGCCCAUUUGUUAGUGUGUUUAAAGAGUUUGUCGUGGACGGUGAGGAAACUGACGAUGACAUUGGUUUUUAUGAGCCGGUCAGCAGCAUCCUUGAAGGAGAGCCUGAGGAGGACCUUCUCCUGUUCCUGCCUCCACUGCAGCGCUGUGCAUCACACACUCUGGAGCAGAUUGUUUCGGAGGACCUUUAUCAGGCUCUGUCACAGGGAUCCAUGUGUCAGCUUUACUUUAGCACAAUGACUAAGGUGUUUGCCAUAUGGAGCAAAUGUCACCAUCUACAGGUGGGCAUGGAUGCUGCAGAGCAGAUAGGAAAGAUGGCCCUGACCGUCCCGGCUGUAAUUCGUUGGAACGUGGAAUUCUGCGCUUUGCAGAAGAUCGUUUCACUCACUGAGAGGGAACUCACAGAGCUGCGUGCCCGCCUGGAGAUCCCACACCUGCAGCCAGAUGAGAUGGCUUUCCUCAAAGAAUAUGUGACUGUGUUCCACCCGCUGGCUUUUGCACUUGAACUCUUCCAAGCAGAGCAGAAAUGUUACCUGGGUCUGGUCAUCCCAACUGUUCUCAGUCUGAAGAACAAGUUGAAUGAGCAGAAAGAUGCUGCAAAAUAUUUCAGUGGUGUCAUCAACACCAUUGUGUCAGCUAUCGAUAUGCGCUUCCAAGAACUGUUUGCCAGCCGAGAAGCGCGGAUAGCAACAGCAACCACUCCUCAGUUCCGCCUGUGGUGGAUGCCUGCAUCUGAGAGAGAUGAGAUGUGCUCCCUGCUGGCCACAGAGGCCUCGCAGAUGGAGCCAGGUAACAUAGCCGAGGCGAACACAAGCCAUAAUGUAUCCACCAUCGAGUCAGAGGACGACUUCUUCGAUUAUGGGCCCGUGAAGCCAGCAAUACAGAUCCCACAGAGAGGUGUCAUGGAAGAGAUUCGCAAGUACGUCGGAGGAACCGGAAAGUUCCUGGACUGCCUGCAGGAGUUCCCCAGGGUCAAGCAGCUUUUCCUCAAAUUCAACACCACCCUGCCUUCCACAGCGCCUGUCCAGCGCCUCUUCAGUCACAAAGGGAACCUGGUCACAUCGCAGAGGAACUUUCUCACGGACGACUACUUUGAGCGUAUUCAACUGUUGAGAUACAACAGCAACGUGUGCUCGUUGACCACGGUCAACUCAGUGCAGUAUCAGGGACACUCUCACACUCUCAGUUCUUCACACUGAUGCUUCCUUAAUUCCCCUUUGGGAUCAAUAAAAGGUAUUCAUCUAACUAUCUAA